CUAGCUUUGGGUAGACCUCAUACAAUAACUGUCCUUGCUUUACCUUAUCUUUUGAUUCAGCUUUCUUGAACACUGAAAAAAAAAUUUUUGCUUAUGGAUCUAAUAACCAAAAUUCGAUCCGUGAGCUAGAGAAUAUCUUUGUAUUCCUCAAUCAUCUUAUUUUUCAGUUGCUUAAACACUUGCAUUUUACCAAGUUCAACGUUAGCCCGAUUAGUAAGCAUUUAUCUGUUUCGCUGUAAUAAUAAGAUGUUGUUUGUAACAAGCAGUUUGUUUGCUUGGGGAAAUGGGACAAAUUUUAGUCAUAAAUUGCUUGGAAUUUUUAGCAGUCUGGAUACAGAAAAAUAAUGUUAUUAGGUCGAUCAUUCGAAAGUACCUAGUGAGAAAUUCUAUAUUUUUUAUUUUAGUAAAUUAUAGUUUUGGAACUCUAGUAUGUAUUCUAAGUAUUCAGUCUUUAGGCAGAACACCCUUACCUAUUCCUACUCAGAAAUUUAGUGAGGUCUCAAAAAUAGAACAAAGGGAAAAGGAAAGGUUGCAAAGGGAGGAAGAAAAAGACGUAGAAAAAAAAAAGAAAUCCGCUGAAAAAGAUCCUUCCCUUUUUUCCGAAGAAAAAGGUAUUUUGGAAAAAGAAUUGGACUUGAAGGUAAAUGAACCAGACUUGGAAGGGUCUGAUUCCGAAUUGGAAAUCCUUGAAAAAAAAUGAAAAUAAAGAACAUAUUGUGGCUCUUCUUUUUGAUUAUAAAAGAUGGACUCGCCCAUUUCGUUACAUAAAAAAAUAAUAGACUUGAACAAGCUGUAAGAAACGAAAUGGCACAAUAUUUCUUUGACAUACAUAAAAGUGAUGGAAAAGAUAGAAUAUCUUUUACCCCAUCCGAUAAGUUUAUCAACGUUUUUUCAAAUAAUCAAAACAAAGAUACCCCUUUUGUCACUAGAAAAAGAUAUUUCUAAUACAUUGGACAAUUUUUUGGGUUUCUAGAAACAAACAAAAAUUAAAUUCUAUAAAAAUUGAUUUGCUAAAUCGAAUUAAAAAUCUUGACAAACCAGUAGCAAGUUCCAAUAAUCGAAAUUGAAACAAACAAAACGCGAUUAUGUAUACACAAUGAUGAGACUAGAAAAGAAUACUUACCAGAAAAGUAUGAUCCCUUGUUAAAUGGGCCUUCCCCGCGGAAGAAUAAAAAAAGAUAUCACGUCGAUAAACGAUACUUCGAUCAAAAAGUUGAGAGAGAAGGUUAUGCUAAAUAGACUUCAUGCUUUAUUGUUGAUGUCUACUUUGAAAAAAAGGAAAAAAAACCAUUACAAGUUGGUGAGUUCUCAACUUUAUCAUCAAGUUUCAAUUUAACGGAUUCAGAACAACUAACAAAAUUUUUAGUAAAUGCAAUUGAGACAGACGAUAAAAAAUCUUCUGCAAUAGAAAAAAUAGGUAAAGAAGAAAUUGGUAAAAAAGUCCCCGAUGGUCAUACAAAUUAAUAACUGAAUUGGAACAAAUAUCGUAUUUUACAAAUCCACCAGAUGAUCAUGAUAUUCGUUCAAGAAAAGGGAUCAGUGUAUUAAUUUUUGAAGAACCUAAGACUCUCAAAGAUAAGACUACAAACAAAGAUAAGAAUACAAAAGAUACAAAUAUUCAAGCUAUAAAAAUCCGACGAUAAUGAGAAAGAUAAAAAUAUUAAAAAGAAAAAGGAAGAUGAGGAUAAUAAGCUUUUUUUAUUACGAUAUCCGCACCAAUCUGAUUUUCGCCAAGGCUUAAUAAAAGACUCUAUGCGAACUCAAAGACGUAAAAUAGUUAUUGAGGGACUUUUUAAAGCAAAUGCGCAUUCCCCUCUUUUUUUUGACAGGAUGAGGAAAAAAACCUUUUUUUCUCUACCAUACCUGGCUCAACUGAAACGGCUUUUUAGAAAAUGGUCAUCCAUAAAAGAGUUUGGGAUUUUAGAAUCUACAGAGGAAAAAAAAAUAAUAAUAAAAAGAGAAACCAAAAAGGAAAAAAAACGACGAGAGGAAAUAGAACGGUUAGAGAUAGGGGAAGCCUGGGAGACUUUUCCAUAUACCCAAAUAAUAAGAGGUUUUUUAUUAAUAACCCAAUCAAUUCUCAGAAAAAAGAUUCUAUUACCUUCAUUCAUAAUCGGUAAAAAUAUCGGGCGUAUGCUACUAUUUCAAACUCCUGAAUGGUCUGAAGAUUUAAAGGGAUGGAAUAGAGAAACGCAUGUGAAGUGUACUUAUAAUGGUAUUCCGUUAGCUGACAAAAAAUUUCCGGAAAAUUGGUUGACAGAAGGUAUUCAAAUCAAAAUUUUAUUUCCUUUCUGUCUCAAACCUUGGCACGAAUAUAAAUCGCUAAAUUCUCGUGAUGACUUUUGUUUUUUAACAGUUUGGGGAAGGGAAACAGAACACCCUUUUGGUCAUCCACGACAAAAACCUUCGUUUUUUAAGCCUGUUUUUAAGGAACUUUACAAAUUUGUAAAAGUAAAAAUUAAAUUUUUAAAAAAGUUUUCAAAAAAAAAACACAAGUUCAAAAGAAACAAGAACAAUACACCCGAGUGUAAUAAAAAAUGAAAAAGAUGAUCUAAUAAAUAACCAGAUAAUGAAUCAACCCUUGAGUAAAAUUGAAAAAAUUACAGAUUGGAAAAAUUAUUCACCGAUAGACAAAAUGCAGGCUAUCACUCAUAGGACAAGUACAAUUAAAAAAAAACUAGAAAGAAUUACGGAAGAUAAGAAAAGGGUCACUCUAGAACUUGAUAUGAACCCUUACAAAAAAAGUUUCGAGAUUAGCCUUGUCAAAAAAUUUUUGUCAAAUGUUGAAAAAAAAAAAAAAAUAGAUUAAUAUAUAAAUUUAAUUAUUUUAUAAAAUUAUUUAUUCAAAGAAUAUCUAAUUGUAUUUUUUUAUAUACUAUAUCUAUUUGCCAAAUGACUCAAAAAGUCUUUGUGGAAUCAACAAAAAUGAACUCUCUUUCAAAUUCAAAUAUAAAAACGCAUAAUAAUAAGCUUUAUAAGGAAAAUUCAGAGAGUUUUGGUGAUUUAUCCAACUUGUCACAAGCAUAUGUAUUGUACAAAAUAUCAGAAAGGGGUUUUUUGAACGUACGUAAUUUCAUAUCUGUUCUUCAACAAAAUGGAACAUCUUUCUUGAUUAAAAAGAAAAUAAAAGACUCAUUUCAUACACAAGGAAUACUUCCAUCUGAAGGAAUAAAAAAACAACUUAAGCGGCCUAGAACGAGUCAAUGGAAAUUUUGGUUAAAAGGGAAUUCUCACUACGAUUUAUCUCCUAAUUUCUGGUCUGCCUUAAGAUCACAAAAACAAAAAUGGAGAAAUAGGGCGAAUCGCUAUCGUAGGUCUAAACAAAAUAUUUAGACAAAAGGACUUCCGGUAAAAAAUUAAAAUUAAAUACUUACAGGAAACAAAAGGAUGCUAACUCAGUCUUGAAUAAAAAAACAAAAGAUAAUUUAAAAAAAUGCUAUCGAUAUGAUCUUUUAGCAUAUCAAUACAUUCAGUAUGAAAAAAAAUAGUGGAACCCCUCCAGGAGCUAAACGGGAAGCAAUUUCUUAUCAUUACAAGAUGUCACAAAACAACUUGUUUGCGAUAACGAAAAAUAUUCCUAUCACUAGUUUCAGAGGAAAAAUAGAAAGGUUAAAUAUUCCAUAUCCAAAAAAAGAUGUCGAUAGAAAAUAUUUGAAUUGGAAAAAUAUUGAUUUUUCUCUUAAAAAAAAAGCGAAUAUUGAGUCUGGAUCACGGGUAAUUUAACAAUACUCAAAAUACUCCAAUUUUCACUUACAAUUAUCAAUUAAUUGAUAAAAUGGAAGAAAUUUUGAAAAUUGAGCAAAUUUUUAAAAACGAAAAAGAUCCUUUUGCUCUUUUGAUUCAGAAAAAUACCGAAAUGAAUCGACUCCAUUCUAGAAAUUCUUUAUUGGAUUGGAUGGGACUGAAUGAAGAAAUACUCGACCGUCCAUUAACGGCUGAGGAACUUUUGGUUUUCCCAGAAUUUGUGUGGUUUGUUAAUUUAUAUAAACUGAAACCAUGGAUUAUACCAAGCGAAUCACUUAUUUCAAAUUUGAAUCUUAAUGAAAUGACAAGUCAAAAGACCGGUAAAACUCAGAAAGAUAAAAAAGAUAAAACUGAGAGUAAAAAAAAAGAUAAAGCCGAGGGUCAAACCAAAAGUGAACCUGAGGGUCAAACCAAAGGUGAAACUCAGGGUGAAACCAAAGGUAAACCUGAAGGUGAAACCAAAGGUAAACCUGAAGGUGAAACCAAAGGUAAACCUGAAGGUGAAACCAAAGGCGAAACUGAAGGUGAAACUGAAGGUGAAAAGAAAAGUCAAACUGAGAUAGAACUAGAGUUAUUCAUGAAAAACUAUUUAUUUUUUCAAUUUAGAGAGGAUUUUACUUUAAAUCAAGGCCUUUUCCAAGAUCUCCAAAUCUAUUGUCUCUUGCUUAGAAUGAUAAAUCGAAAAAAAAUGAUGCUAUCAUGGAUUCUAAGGGAAAAGUUAAAUUUGGGUCUAAUGCCACAGAUGGAUCAGAAAGAGAGUGUUCCAGAUUCAAAAAGAAAUGUUCCAGAUUCAAAAGAGAGUGUUCCAGAUUCAAAAGAGAGUGUUCCAGAAUUUUUAAAAAAGACGGGAUUUUUGGUCGACCCCCCUUCGCUGUCUAUCAAACCAAAUGGAGAAUUUCUUAUGUAUGAAACGAUAGUUAUUUCGUUGGUUCAUAAGAGUAAACAAAUUCUUAAUAAAGAAGACGUAAAACAAAGAAUAAUUCGCGCUCGAGAGAACAAUAAUUGUGAUCCGCUUCUUAUUGAAAAUAUUUUAUCAUCUAGGCGUCGUAGAGAAUUAAGAACUCUAAUUUGUUUCAAUUCACACAAAUGGAAUGGCGUGGAUGCAAAUUCUCUAGUUUCCAACAAAAAUAAAGUUUGGGAAGAAAGCAACCCUGGGCCUAAGGAUCAAAAUAAAUUAAUUGAAUUUUUUCUUUGGCCUAAUUAUCGAUUGGAAGAUUUAGCUUGUAUGAAUCGUUAUUGGUUUUAUACUAAUAAUGGGAGUCGUUUCAGUAUGUUAAGGAUCCAUAUGUAUUUACCAUUGAAUUUAAAUUGGUGGAAAUUUAAUUGAUAGUAGUACUAUCUACCCUGUAGCAGGGUAGAUGGUAGCAGGUUAGAUGAAAACCAAUAUGGACACAUACCCUAUUUUAUACCUCAUUUUAAUUUGGAUCUAACUGAAUUGAGGAUACCAUAUAUCUAUCUAGAUCUAUAUAGAUAUAUUGUACCUCAUUAAAAGAAUAUUAAGUUGAAAAAAUUCACUUUGAUUUUAUUAAUGAACCCUAAAAGAAAGGGUUUUCUUUUGAUUUGAAUUGAUAGACUUAGUUAGAAGAAUUCCUUUUUAGCAAUAAAUGUCUUUCACAUCCAGUGAUAACCUGUAAAUCAUUUGAAAUGGCAGUUCCAAAAAAAACGUAUUUCGAAAGCCAAAAAGCGUAUUCGUAAGAACAUUUGGAAAAGAAAGACUAUUGAGGUAAGAUUAAAAGCUCUUUCAUUAGCAAAAUCUCUUUUAACGGGUAAGUUUCAAAGUUUUUUUUACAAAAAAAAUAAGAAAACAUUGGACUCAUUUCUGUCAAGUUGAUUUAUUCUAUAAUAUAGAAUAAAAGUAAAUAAUAUUAUCCUUUUUUUCUUUAUUUUUUUGUUCGUUCGUUUUAGUUACUAAUCAAUUAUUUCAUAUCUAUGAAAUGAAUCUAGAACUUAAUUAUAAAAAAUUAUUUUAAAUGCAUAUUAUAUAUCAAUGAAGGGAGUUCAUUUAGUUUAUGAUAAAAAACUUACAAAACAGAGGUUCCGUUUGAAUUUCAAGUAUGGAAUUUCACCAAUAGAAUACACCGGCUUACUUCCCACUUGAAAUUGCACAAAAAAGACUAUUUAUCUCAAAAAGGUUUACGUAAAAUUUUGGGGAAACGACAACGACUUUUAGCUUAUUUAUCAAAAAAAAAUAAAUUCCGCUAUAAAGAAUUAAUUGAUAAAUUGGAGAUUAGAGAGACAAAAAACUCAUUCAUUUUGAAGUUGCAUAGCUUUUCAAACCUAUUAUAGAGGUAAAUUUAGAACAACAAUAUGGUUACUGAAACAAUUAAAAAAGAAUAGCUUGGGGUAGUGAAUAGAAAGACAUCAUGUCCUUUUGUCUAUUGAUUCUUACUGUAUAAAUUUGAAGGGAGUAUUUAUUUAAAACUUUAAAACAAUAGAUUGAGUUAAUUAAAAAAAGAAUCCUUAUUUACCCUAUUAGGUAGUUUGUAGGUAGUUUGCGUAGUUAUAAAAAAAUGAUAAUAUUAAAACAUAAAAUAAUUUUUUUUUAUUUUCAAAACCAAUCCAGAAAUCUAUUGAUUAGAAUCCUUCUGAGAAUUCAUUGAGUCAUAUAGUAUCUAAAAACCAAGUAUCUUAUAAUUUUAUAUUGGAUAAAAAUAAUAUUUGGAGGAUACUAUAUCGAUAAUUCAUAAAGUUUAUAAUUUUAUUCGUCCAAUGGCACAUUCUGUAAAGAUUUAUGAUACAUGUAUAGGAUGUACUCAAUGUGUCCGAGCCUGCCCCACCGAUGUUUUAGAAAUGAUACCAUGGGACGGAUGUAAGGCUAAACAAAUUGCUUCUGCUCCGAGAACAGAAGACUGUGUAGGCUGUAAAAGAUGUGAAUCCGCCUGCCAACAGAUUUUCUUGAGUGUUCGAGUUUAUUUAUGGCAUGAAAACAACUCGCAGUAUGGGUCUCGCUUAUUGAUCUGGUCCAGAAAAGUAUAUUUGAAUUCAUUCUAUUUUUAUUGAACACCCGUGCUCUCAAAUAGGAAAUAUUUUUAUUUGAGAGCACGGGUUUCACAAAUUUUAGCUUUUCACGAAGUAAAAAAUUAAUGUCUUUUUUUAUGUUCGCGAAAAUGAACCAUAAGUAUGUAGACCUAAUCCAAUUAAAUUGACUCCAAAAUAACAUAUCCAAAUAAGAAGAAAACCUAUAGAUGCCACAAUUGCCGAAGUAGCACCUUCGAAAGUUCUAUUUCUUCGAGUAUGUAGAUAAAUUGAAAACACUAUCCAAGUAAUAAAAGCCCAAGUCUCUUUAGGAUCCCAACUCCAAUAAGAUCCCCACGCUUGGUUCGCCCACAAAGCCCCCGAAAGUAUUCCUAUGGUUAAAAGAUAAACCCUAAACUAAUAACUCGAUAACUCCAAUAAUCCAAUUCUUUACUUAAUUGAAUCUUAUAAAAAUUUUUAGCCGAAAAAAUAUAAUUCAUUUUAAAAAUAUUUUCAUUUUUUCUAAAGGUAAUGACCAUAAGUGCUACUGAUAAUAAGGAGCCACAUAUAAGAGCUGCGUAACCCACUAUCAUCAUACUUACGUGCAUUAUUAACCACUCAGAUUGAAGAGCGGGGACUAAUAUUGAAGAUUUUUUAAUUUCUGUGAAAAGACCCGAAGUAGCAAAAGCCUGGAUACAAAAAUUGAUUGGGCUUAUUAUUGUACUUAAUAAUUUUGUAUUUUUUUUUAAAUAGGAAAGGCUAUUAAGAGCAAAACUCCAGGAAAGAAAAAGCAAAGAUUCCGAUAAAUCACUUAGUGGGAAAUGGCCCGACGAAAUCCAAUGAGUAGCUAAUAAUCCUGUUAUACAUAAAAAAGUUAUGA